AUGGCUCCCUACGAUCUACCUUCCGCGGAUGAUGUUCGCAAUGCAGCAGUCGUACUCGCACCCAUUGUCCAUAGAACACCUAUCCGGACUUCUCCAACCUUGACAAGAAUGGCGAAUCAAAAUAUCCUCGGCUCUACGAAGCAGCCCUCGUCGCCGCAAGUCGAACUUCAGUUCAAGUGUGAGAAUCUCCAGCACACUGGAUCUUUCAAGUUCCGAGGGGCCUGUCACUUCCUAGCCAAACUCGAGUACCAGGAUCUAAAGAAUGGUGUAGUGGCGUACAGUACAGGAAACCACGCCCAAGCCGUCGCGCACGCGGCCCAGCUCGCCAGCAAAGCCCGCAACAUUCCCAUCCCCUCCUACGUCGUGGUACCGUCCAACUGUCCCCCAAAGAAAGUCGCCGCAGCCCGCAGCCACGGCGCCUCCGUCCUGCUCUCCAGCACCGAUCCUAACUCCCGGGUCCUCCUCGCCGAGCACAUCCAGCGCGCUACCGGUGCAAUUCUCAUCCCGCCCGCUGACCACCUUAACAUUGUCCUCGGUCAGGCGACGGCAGUGCAAGAGUUCCUGCAGCAGGCAUCCCAAACGGGAAAUCCACUCGACGCCAUCAUCGUCCCGAGCGGCGGGGGAGGCUUACUCUGCGGCGCCAUCGCAGCGUGCAAGCCUCACGGAGUGGCCGUCUUUGGCUGUGAGCCCGCCGUUGGAGGGCCCGGAUUGGCCUCUGCGCUCGAAGUCGGUACACGCGCGCUCACGCUCCAGGGACCUGGUUCAAUCGCCGAUGGGCUGCGGUCGCUGACGGGCGAGGCAAACUGGGAACAUAUUCGUGCCGAGGGGAAUGUAAGACAAGUGCUCACUGUUAGUGAGGUGCAAAUCGAGCAAGCGCUCAAAGUGGGUGUGAAGGAGCUAGGGUUUGCGAUCGAGCCGAGUGCUGCUGUGCCGCUGGCUGCGGCGCUAUUUAGCGAUGCGUUUCACAGGUGGGCGGCGGGGGCUCAUAGGCAGGUAAGAGUUGGUGUUGUAUUGACGGGAGGUAAUGUCAGCAUGGAGGACUUGGCUGCUUUAGUACCUGAUUUCAAGAUGGUCGCUCGAAAGUCGUAG